UGAUGUCGUGUAAAGCAAAAGAGAAAGAAACGCAAAACGCAGAGCGUAUAUGCCAUCAGUAUUUUCAUUUCACUGCCUUCCAAUUCCAACAAACAACAAGUCGUAACUCGCUUUAUUUUAUUUACACCAAACCAAACACACCCUUCCUCUUCCUCUGUUCUUAUGGCAAUUUGGGAUUUUUCUCUCAAAUUAGGGCACGCGAUUUCUUGAUCGAUCCAUUAGCGGAGAGGAUGUGAUCCUACUUAUUAGAUUGAUUGUUUUUGAAAUUGUAACUAACUGUGUAAUCUAUCUAUCAAUUCCAACCAUUUUCUAGGGUUUUUGUGAUGUCGGAUCGGACCAAGGUCGUGGUUCGCCACUUGCCUCCUACCAUCACUGAAGCUUCUCUUUUGCCCCUAAUUGAUUCUGCCUUUGCCGGUCGCUACAACUGGCUCUCUUUUCGUCCUGCCAAAAUCAGCCAGAAGCAUACCUCAUAUUGUAGAGCUUACAUUGACUUCAAAAAGCCUGAGGAUGUUAUAGAGUUUGCUGAAUUUUUCAAUGGACAUGUCUUUGUCAACGAAAAGGGAACACAGUUCAAAGUCACUGUUGAAUAUGCUCCUUCACAGCGUGUCCCAAAGCAGUGGUCUAAACAGGAUGGUCGUGAUGGAACCAUAUAUAAAGAUCCCGAGUAUCUGGAAUUUCUAGAACAACUUGCCAAGCCCGUUGAGAAUCUCCCUAGUGCUGAGAUACAGUUGGAGAAAAGGGAGGCAGAACGAUCUGGUGCUGGAAAAGAUGUUCCUAUAGUUACACCACUGAUGGACUUUGUUCGCCAGAAAAGAGCUUCCAAAGGACCACGGAGAUCAUUGUCUAAUGGAAAAGUGAGCAGAAGAACUGGCACACCAUCAAAUGGAACCUCUAGUUCUGCCCCAACAAGACGCGGUUAUGCAAAAAAGAGAGUUUCCACCACAAUGUAUGUUGCAAGGGACCCAGGGAAAAGUUCUAAUGUAAAAGACAAAUCAACUUAUAUUUUGGUUCCCAGGCACGGUGAUCAAAAUCUUUCAAAUAAAUCUUCAAAUAUAGCUUCUUCAGAUGGAAACCUAACUUUUGAUGAGAAUGGAAUUGCUGGAAGUAAUGAUGCUGGGAAAAAGAAAGUACUGCUUCUUAAAGGGAAAGAGAGAGAAGUAAUUACUGUAUCUGAUUCAGAUAGCAUGUCGCAGCAUUAUAACAUAGCAUCUUCAACUAAAACAAUUCUUAGUUCUACAGCUCUGAAACAGAAUCAGCGGCAUGAAGGUAGUGGAAGGAUUAUCAAAAGCAUACUCACAAACAAAGAUCUGCGACAAAGUCAGUCUUCCAGAUCCCAUUUUGACCGGCAGAUCCAAACAUCAAAUCUAGAAAAAGAAAAACAACCUGCUCGCCCCGUACAUAUGCAAUUGAUUUUGAAGGGCACCGAUGGUGCGCCAGAGAAUAGAAUUACCGUGCAUGGUCUACAUGUUUCUAGUGAGAGACAGGAGAGGCGUUUUAGACAUAGGGAUAGACCUGACCGUGGUGUUUGGACAAGUCGUUCCAAUGUAGGUGAUGAAUCUUUGUCAUCCUCAGCCUCUUCACAAGUAGAUCAUUUGGAAGGAGGUCAUGCAGAGUUUAAACACGACAUACCAAGUGCAAGAAGUGGGGAGGUAAAAUCUCUUGGAAAUCUCCGUGCCAGUCAUUCAUCAGAAAAUGGUUUCACUAGGAAUUUUGGUCGCCGUGGACCAAUACAUGGGGUGAAGGAUGUUGAUGGCUAUUCGAUUAGUGAGGGGAAGCAUCCUAGAAAACCUAGUACCUCUGCUUAUGGUUCCAACGAGAAACAAGUUUGGGUCCAAAAAGCAAGUUCUGGGACCUAGAGUAUUUAGAUUGUGCUAAGCUUGCUGACAUACAAUUUUGGAGCAUGCAUACAUUUGCUAGCCGCCGGAUUCUGUCUCUUUUUGGUCGACAGAUUCUUACAAGUGAAGGAGUUAGUGUGGUUAAAAAAAUCUUUUACAAUACAUGGGAGGGAAUUACUGUGAUGGAUUUGAUUUGGCUUAAAUAUUUGGACAUAACUUAAUUGAAGAUGGCUUGGAGAAAAAAAGAGAAAUGAAAGCAGUGGAAUCACACUGCACAGUGACUCAUUUUCAAGCUGUUACCUGUUUGAAGAAUUAUGGAUAGAUUUUCCUGGCAAGUUGUCUGACUUUAUAUUUAAAUAGUUUUAGUGUAAAUAUUCCCUCAAUAUAUACAAUCCCUUAUUAGCUAAGGGUAUGGGUAUUUAUAUAAACAAUCCAGUCAUUUUAGCUGUUUUCCAAAUACAAGUCAGCGCUUGCUCUAUUCCCGGGUGAUUAGAAAAUUACACGGAACACUUGAUGGACGACUUAGCAGGAUUGUGUCCUUGGUUUUUUGUUGACACUGAAGUUUAUUGUAGAGCUCAAACGCUGAAAUGCCUUAGAUGGCGACAUGGUGUGUUACUAUAAAAGAGUAUUGGGGAAUUAUUACUGUGUGGAUUUUAAUUUUCUAUAAAAUAUCAAUGUACAGUAUGGUGUUGCAUAACAAAGCUGUUAUAUGAUGUUACUGGUUUCUUGAUUAUGUUA